CCAACAUCUCGAACCACUUUCCUUGGCCAUCCCUUCUGACAUGGUGAAUGAAUAUUAUAUCACAUCAUAUCAUUUACACAAUUACAUUCAGGUUUUUUACUAUCUAUCUCGAUAUCGUAAGUCUUUGACAUAAAUUAUUAUAAACCUCGAGUUUAUACUAUUGUCUUUCAACUAUUUUGUUUUACACGUUGAUCAAGCUACUUGACCUUUUCUUUCUUUGAUCGCAAUCACAAUCUGAAUUUCAAAAUGAUGGAAAUCGGAGCAACAGCUACAAAGAUCACUCACGGUCUCUUCCAGAACACACAUCCCCUCAAGGCGAAAUGGAAUCGCAUUAAUGGAGUUCAGCUCCCGAGAUCAUCUCACUCUGUCGCAGUUGUCGCCGGUCGAGCAUACAUAUUUGGAGGUGAAAUCAAUCCGCGCGAACCCGUCGAUAAUGACAUGCACGUCAUCAUUCUUCCUUCUGGUACGGUCACCAGCGCCGAUUAUCGAGCUAUACCUGCCAAGCCUAAGCAUAAUGGUGGAGAGGUUCCCGAGAAGAGGGUAGGACAUACGGCAGGAGUUAUUGGAGAGCGAAUUUUCAUCUUUGGUGGAAGAGGUGGCAAAGAUAUGAAACCUCUUGAGGAAAAUGGCAGAGUUUGGGUCUACGAUACGAGGACAGAUAGAUGGUCUUUCUUAGAUCCAGUCUCUGGCACUCCUUUUCCUGCUGCCCGAUCCUACCAUUCGAGUGUUGCUAUUGAAAAGCCCGAGCCAUCAAAUACGAAGAAUGUGGAUUUCGAUCAGGCUAUCGACGAAACCAAGAUUGGAAUAAUCGCAGAGGGAGCUAAGACUGAUGAUGAGCAAGGAGGUUAUGGAACAUUAUUUGUCCACGCAGGAUGUCCUGUUUCUGGACGAACAAAUGAUCUCUGGGCAUUUGAUAUUCAAAGCCGUACAUGGAAGCAAUUUCCUUCAGCUCCAGGAAAGCCCAUAGGUGGCACAUCGCUUGCAGUUUCAAAACAGAGGAUCUAUCGAUAUGGCGGUUUUAAUGGUGAGAGUGAGGAGGGAGGCUAUCUAGAUAUUUUGGAAUUGGCCUUAGAAACUUUCAACGACAAAUCUGGUUCGGGUGAAUUGGGAGUCGCUCCGAAGGGAGAUUGGGAAACCGUAAACUUCGAAGAAGAGAGUAUGAAACACCCUGGCCAUCGAAGUGUGGCGGGCAUGCAUACCAUUAAUACUGGUUAGUUCCUGAUUUAUGCUUCUCGAUGUUUAGUGUUGGCGGUCGAUUUAUACUGUUUAUGGAGCAAUUACUGACAUUUUUUAGGCAUGGGCAGAGAAUAUUUAAUUCUAUUGCUUGGCGAAAAAGAUCCAAGUAGCCAAGGCCAUGAUGGAGCCGGCAAAUUUUGGAGUGAUGUCUGGGCAUUUCAAUGUCCCCCGCAAGGCAUGACUGCGGCAAGUUUCAAAGACGCUACUUGGCAAGCACUGGGACAAGAAACUGGUGAAGGUCUUUGGAGCCAAAUAAUCGUUUCCGAUUCCGAGGGUUUUGAAGGUGAUGAUGUUAGGAAGCUUGUGCCCGGCGAGCGAGGAUGGUUCGCAAGCUCUUCUAUGGGUGAUGCUGACUCCAGAGGUAUUCUCUUGUGGGGUGGUCUGAAUGGAAAGAAUGAACGUGAAGAUAAUGGAUGGAUCUUGACUAUUGAAUAAAAGCAUGCCACAUGGGCGAAAAAACCUCAGACGCAUUGGAACUGGAGAUUACUUUAUUUACAGCCCUACGAAUAAUGAAUAUGAACGAAAUGAGAUGAAAUGAGAAGUAGGUCCUAUUUUUGUUCGUUGCCCAUAUAAGAAGUUGAACAGAAAUCUUGGGACAUUAAAGAAAAGCAAUAUUUCGGAUCCGCAUCAACACGUCUAAAAGUGGGAGGCGAUCAGAUGAAGUGAAGGCCUAAAAAGCGAGAAUUGGAUUAUCAUUAGACUAUAACAAGG